CUGGCAAACAAUCUUGGAUUAUCAUGCGGUACUGAUUGUCAUAGCAAUCAGUUUCUUUGCUGUCUUUUUUUAUUUAAUUUUGAGGCUUUGCUUUCUGUUCACCAAUUGUAAAAGUUGUUGUGGAACUAUAGCUAGCUACAUAUUAGAAGAAUGACUAAUGCAACACGACCAAAAUGACACUGUGGAAUGUCAUUCUCUUCCUGUGUGGGUUUUUGCUUCCCGUGUGAAUAUGAUUGUAGCAGCUAGCGAGCUAACGAAUAGGAGCUUUUUAACGCUAGCUAUCCAGCUAGCGAACACAUGAUAAGGGCAAUGACGCAAAUCUGUACAAACUGACAGUUUUUCUGAAACAAAAAGUAGAUAUCCACAGUGUCUUUCCAAAGAAGAAAUGCCACCAUCACCUGAAAACAAUGAUAGCCAACUGUGGUAACUAGCCAAAUGUACUAGCUAACAACCCGCAGUGGUAAGGAAAAAUCCGAGAUUCUUUAGCUAGCUAACGACGUUACUGCUUUACACGGAAGAGAAGAGGCACAGCUGAGCAGCGUUGAUUUACCUAAGGGAGUCGUCGAUAAACAGUUGAAUACUAUAUAGUUAUCACGAGAGGUUACCAAGUUUUCUAUCUAGCCAAACACUCCGUCUCAAUUCUGAUAGCUAAUUUAGCGUGGGCUGUUUUAUUUUGAUGUGGCCUAACUAGCAUGCUAAUCGAGCGUCCAUGAUGUAUUUGCUGCCAAAUCUCUAUGUUGGCCAUUCUGUUUAAUUCGACACAUAAUGCAUUUGUUUAUAAGUAUUAUCUCGAAAUGACAUGUUGAUGUCUUGUUUUGGAAGCACAAUGGUUGGCAUAUAGCUAACUGCUAACUAUUUGGUUAUAGCUAACGUUAGCAUGUAUCUAAUGUUAAGUGUUUUCAUUUGACAAAUCAGCUAGGUAGCUUGCUAUGUUUGUUGGUGGAGUGCAUUGGUUGGCAAAUAACGUCUGGAGGAAAUUGUUGAUAGCUAAAAUAACAUGUAGGCAGCUGCUAGCUAGCAUUACAUAGCCAGCUAACUUAGAUAACAGUAAAAUACGUGAUAUUGUGUCUAUCAGUGAGUAGGUAACAAGCUAGUGGGAGUAGUGUUGGCCUUGACGCUAACGUUAUUGCUACCAAGGGGUCAUGAAAAAUAGAAUUCCUAGUUAGUUGGGUUAUGAACUAAGCUCCCGAAUGGUUAAUGGGUAGCUAGCUAGCUUUCUGCAUUGGCUGAUUCAGAUACUUUAGGGUAGUAGUAUACAUAUAUAUCUAUGGAGUAUCAUUGCAGAUGGUUAUUCUGAUAAUUUCUCAGGAUUCAUAAAGCUUCCGGUCUCGUGAGGUUGAGGACUCCGAAGUACAUAUCUAAAGAAAUUAGUCCAACCUAGUUACGGCUCCAUCUCUGAGUAGGAGCAUUAUUAUGAUUGCCUGUGACAUUAGAGCGGUGCACAGCGUCUUCCUCUGAAGGAUGUUAUCAGGACCUACUCUUAAUUUAUUGACGUGUGACUCAAAAUGCUGGAAAUGUGUGAAGAAACCAACCAAAGCAGUUGUGAUUUUUCUUCCAGAUGAAUGUUAUUUAGUCAGUGGGUCACCACCAGUGUGCCAAAAAGUAAUUCUCCAGAUAAAGCAAGGAUUACUUUUUUGCAAGAACUGCACAGCAAAGCAGCCCAGUCUGGAGCAAGAACAUGCACAGCCUCCCUUGAGAUACACUAAGGACUAUACACCAGAAAGUGAAGCUGACUGUCUUCAACUGACUCAUUAACUUUUCAUCCUCAAUGGAAGUGCCAUUGUAGAUACGUGAACGGGUGGCUACAACUGGACCGUCUGGAGCUCCAGCCUUAGAGGAAACCUUGGAACCCUGGGUUGGCUGCUCUGAGGGGGACAAUGGGUUCCCAAGCUCUUCAGAUACUGCGGCAGGGGGUGUGGGCUUCGCUCACAGGAGGCUGGUAUGUGGACCCCCAUCAGAGCACGUUCUCCAACUGCUUCCACCUGUACCUCUGGAUAUUUCUCCUGGCCUUCCCUUUCCUGCUUUACAUGUCUCUCCCCCCCAGCCUGGUUGUGGCAGGUGUGUACUGUGCUGUGGUGGCAGCCUUCUUCACUGUCAUAAAGGCAGUGAACUUUCGCCUCCAUGCCAUGUUCGACCUGGGGGAGAUAGUGGAGAAGAGGCAGGCCUCGCUCAUAACUGACGCCCCACGGCUAGAAGAGGGGGAUGAUGGGUCCGGAGGCCACGACGGGAAUCAGCAUGGGGACAGCAAUGUUGGUGUGGAGAUGACUGUGUUCAGGAAGGUCAACUCAACACCUCCAGUUCGCUGCAGCUCCCAGCACUCUCUGUUUGGACUCAACCAGGUGUCGGAGUUUUUGCCUCAGCUUGAUGACAGUGGAGGCUCCAAGGAUAUCAAGGAUCUGAUGCGAGAGCAAGGCAGCAACAACUUGAUUGUCACGUCAGCACACCGAGAGAUCCUCCGCCACAGCUCCCAGGACCCGAUCCAUGUUGCCAACGUUGCCAACAUGGUUCAGUCCUGCUUGGCUGCUGCUCUAGGAGGAGAGUUCCCUGGUCUAAGGGGAGUGGGAGCAGGGAUGUCAGGGGGAUUUGGUAGCUUACAACCUGGGGAGUGCAUCUCCAUCCCCCCCUCCCCUUCCAGUCAGGAAGACGGAGGAGAGAAGGGCCAGUUGGAAGAGAUUGAGGGGAUGCUGGAGCAGCUGUCCCAGCAGAGUCCUGACGAGGAUGUGAUUGUGAUGGGAGCAUACUCCCCCCUGGGCCCCUCUGCUGAGUCGGGGAGCCUGGGGGACACUCCCAUCAGCCCUCUCAUAAAGAGCAGUCUGAGUGAGGAGCUGAGUGAGAACCUGUUGGGGCUGGGCCUUGACCCCGUGGCCUUCGCCCCAGGAACAGAGCACCCAGGCAGCCGCAGUGGGGUGGCCUUGGCUGCUGUCUCCACAGACAGCUGCUUCAGUGGGGGUGGGGCGGCCACGGACCGCGAGACCCUCAGCACCGUCAGCAGCUACCGCAGUGAGAAGACUGACUCCACCCAGCUGGAGAGCCCUUCACUCAGCCUGCCACGGAACAUAGACGCAGGGACACCGACCUCUGCCCUGGGCAUCAGUACCCUAGAGCCAGCAGAGGAGCCAGUGCUGCAGGGGGGAAGUGAUACUGACGACCUGUCGGACAGUGAACUGCUGCGCUCCCCCGCCAAAGAGUGCUCUCUGGGCCAGGAGCUUGAUAGGACACUAGUGGAAGGGGAAGAUUUGCCACCUGUCCACUCAGAUAUUGUACAGCCCCCUUCCCUCCAGGACUCCUCUCCCUCCAGUAGUGGGCACUCCGAGUCCUGUGAUCUGGACAGGAGGGUUCCCCCCCUCCCCCCUCCGAGGCAGGCCAGCUCGGUGCCGUCAGGGCUGGCCCUGGGUCUAGUGUGUUCCGAGCCUGCGUUGCCCAUCUCCUCCACCCCAUUCCUGCACUCUGAGCAGUCCUCUCUGCAGGCCCAGCAGGUGGUGCGCCCCAAAGACUUGAAGCUGCUGCGGACCGGUGGCAGUAGUGUGGGCCACCGGCCUGGCCGCAGGAAAGCCCCUCGUAAGCGAGGUGGAGCGGGAAGCAGCAGCUUUGACUGCGGCUCCUACAGGCGGCACCAUGGGCAGCACAGAGACUACAUCCCAGUGCGCAGCCGGCUGGGGGCUAAGGCCUACAGCGAGAGCCUUUUUGAGGACUCCAGUGACGAGGACGACGGCAGUGACAUGAGCGCCGGCUCAAGUCUGGGCUCCCAGAGACGCUACAGCUCUGACGACGACGACGAUGACGACUCGAGCUCCUCUACCUCCUGCUACUCCCCUGACCUCGCUAACGCUGGCAUUACGAACCCGCCCCCCUCCUCCACCCAGCUGCCCAACCCCAGGGAAGGAGAGUUGUCUGAGACAGCUGGCCCAUCCCACUCCCAAAGGGCUCAGAGGUCAGCUAGCACGGCUAGUGCUAAAACUCACGCCAGGGUGCUCAGUAUGGACGGGGCCGGUGGGGGCCACACCAACACUGUGGCCCUGCCCUCCACCAUGCUGACCUCCUCCACCCCCGCUCCACGACCCCUCACCGUCUCCAAGUCAGACCUGGAGGCCCGGACCAGCCACACAGACGGCUUCCCUGGAACUCACCACCAUCGCCUGGACUCUCUGGGAGGCUCCUGGGCUGGCAACCAGACGGGCUGGAGGACUGGGGAACUGGUGGAGGAGGGAGCUGUGGGGGGAGCUCUGGCCCCAGAGGAGGGGGGCAAGCGGGACUCGAUGAGCAGUGUGAAGAGGACCCAGGCCAUCCGCAGGCGACACAAUGCGGGGAGCAACCCCACACCACCUCCCUCUACCAUGGGCUCCCCACCCAGUCUCCAGGACCUCCAGCGUGCCCGUACCUCCUCACACUCGCGGACCCGGACCCUGCCCUCUGCCUUACAGUUUGCCACCUCACUACUGCUGCCCCGUGGGGGGGUCCACGAGGCCUCUACCUUUGACGACACCACAGAGGGGGCUGUGCACUACUUUUAUGACGAGGGUGGUGUGAAGAGAUCGUACACAUUUGGACCUGCUGGAGGCGGUUAUGAGGACCCAGUGGCGGAGCGGGAACGACAGUCCCAAUCCUCCAGCUUCACUUCCACUGAUGUCCAGGAGGGGGCCCCGGUGCUCACCAUGCUCCAGCCCAGGCCCGUGGUUCUGCAGGGCAUGCAGGUACGCAGGGUGCCCCUGGAGAUGUCAGAGAUGCCAGAGUUUGACCUGGACCAUGAGUCCCUGCAUGAGUCCCAUGAGAACACGCUGAUGAUCGAGGAGAAGGCCAAGCCCAAACAGUACUACCGUUUCUGGGUGCUGCCAGGGAAGUGGCUGAGGGUACGCUACGACCGCCUGGCCCUGCUGGCGCUACUGGACAGGAACCGUGGUGUAGGAGAGAAUGUGUUUGCGGUGAUGCUGGCCAGCAUGGUGGCCUUCCUGGGGUUCCUGCUGCUCCUGGAGGGCUUCUUCAGGGACAUCUGGGUCUUCCAGUUCUGCCUGGUCAUCGCCAGCUGUCAGUACUCACUACUGAAGAGUGUUCAACCAGAUGCAGCCUCCCCAAUGCAUGGCCAUAACUGGGUCAUCGUGUACAGUCGGCCCGUCUACUUCUGCCUGUGCUGUGCUCUCAUCUGGGUGUUAGACUUGACGGGGCGCUCAGGCCACCUGCAGCCCUUCUCACUCUAUGGCGUCACCUUCUUCUCCGCUCACUUCCUGCUCUGUGCCAGGGACGUGCUCAUAGUGUUUGCCUUGUGUUUCCCCGUCAUUUUCCUUUUUGGGCUUCUACCUCAGGUCAAUACCUUCCUCAUGUGUCUGCUGGAGCAGGUCGACAUGCACAUUUUUGGGGGAACAGCCACCACCAGCCCCCUGUCGUCGCUUUACAGCCUGUUACGCAGUGUGUUGGUGGCCUCGUUGCUCUAUGGAUUCUGCCUCGGGGCUAUCAAUGCGCCCUGGGAACAUCCCCAUGUGCCAGUGCUGUUUUCAGUGUUCUGUGGUCUGCUCCUGGCCCUCUCCUACCACCUGAGCCGCCAAAGCAGUGACCCUGUCAUCCUGUGGUCUCUGGUCCGCUCUAAGUUCUUUCCCGAGCUGGAGAGCCGGACCCCGGAGGAGCCUCCUCUGGAGAUCAAAGACCCCCUGCCCGGGAAACUACGCGACUCUGUGAGAGAGAUUUUUCACUCGGACCUGGUCAUGUGUCCCCUCAUGGCUGUCAUCACGUUUGCCAUCAGUGCCAGCACCGUGUUCAUCGCUCUGCAGCCUGCUCUAAGUUACAUCCUGUACAUGGUGGCUGGGGUGGUGGGCUUCCUCACACACUACCUGCUGCCUCAGCUCCGCAAGCAGCUGCCCUGGUUCUGCCUGGCCCACCCCGUGCUCCGUUCUCGAGAGUACAGCCAGUUCGAGGUCCGCGAUGCCGCCCAGUUGAUGUGGUUCGAGAAGCUGUAUGCGUGGCUGCAGUGUGUGGAGAAGUACGUUAUCUAUCCGGCUGUAGUGCUCAACUCCCUCACUACAGAGGCGCAGCGCGUCAGCCUGAAACCCAAGGAGCUUGACAUCUAUGGCCGUGCUCUCUUCAUCUCUCUGGCGGGGAUGAAGCUGCUGCGCUCGUCUUUCUGUGCCCCGUCUCUGCAGUACGUCACGCUGUCCUUCACCGCCCUCUUCUUCCUCUUCGACUACCCACACUUCUCAGAGACCUUCCUGCUCGACUACUUCUUCAUGUCCAUCCUUUUCAGCAAGCUCUGGGACCUGCUCUACAAGCUGCGUUUUGUCCUCACCUACAUCGCUCCCUGGCAGAUCACCUGGGGCUCUGCCUUCCACGCCUUCGCCCAGCCCUUCGCUGUGCCCCACUCAGCCAUGCUGUUUGUCCAGGCCGUGUUCUCGGCUCUCUUCUCCACCCCUCUUAACCCUGUCCUGGGCAGUGCUGUGUUCGUCACCUCCUACACCAGGCCCGUCAAGUUCUGGGAGAGAGACUACAACACCAAGAGGGUUGAUCACUCCAACACGCGACUGGCCACCCAGCUGGACCGCAACCCAGGUGCUGACGACAACAACCUGAACUCCAUCUUCUAUGAGCACCUGACGCGCUCUCUGCAGCACAGCCUGUGUGGGGACCUGCUGUUGGGACGCUGGGGAAACUACACCACAGGAGACUGCUUUAUUCUGGCCUCCGACUACCUCAACGCCCUGGUGCACGUCAUCGAGAUCGGCAACGGCCUGGUCACCUUCCAGCUGAGGGGGCUGGAGUUCAGGGGUACCUACUGCCAGCAGCGGGAGGUGGAGGCCAUCACCGAAGGGGUGGAGGAGGACGAGGGCUGCUGCUGCUGUGAGCCAGGCCACCUGCCCCACAUGCUCUCCUUCAAUGCGGCGUUCGGCCAGCGCUGGCUGGCCUGGGAGGUGGCCGCCACCAAGUACGUCCUGGAGGGCUACAGCAUCAGCGACAACAACGCCGCCUCCAUGCUGCAGGUGUUCGACCUGCGCAAGAUCCUCAUCACCUACUACGUCAAGAGCAUCAUCUUCUACGUGAGUCGCUCUCCUAAACUGGAGGAGUGGCUGGCCAAUGAGACGGUCCAGGAGGCGCUGCGACCCUGCCUGGGCCCAGCCUACGUGGACAGUGACCCAACCUUCAACCUGAACAUAGACGAGGACUACGACCACAGGGCCUCUGGCGUCACCCCCACUGCCUUCUGUAUGGUCUACCUGGACUGGAUCCAGUACUGCAACAGCAGACGCCCAACGCCAGUGGAGGACAGCGAGAGGGAUUCUCCGCUGAUCACCCUGUGUUUUGGCCUCUGCAUCCUGGGGAGACGGGCUCUGGGCACAGCCUCCCACAGCAUGUCAGCCAGCUUGGAGCCUUUCCUGUACGGCCUCCACGCCCUCUUCAAGGGGGACUUCCGCAUCACCUCUCCCAGGGACGAGUGGGUGUUUGCUGACAUGGACCUGUUGAACAGGGUGGUGGCCCCCGGGGUGCGCAUGUCCCUCAAACUGCACCAGGACCACUUCACGUCCCCAGACGAGUACGAGGACCCGGUGGUUCUGUACGACGCCAUCACUGCCAACGAGGAGAAGAUGCUGAUCAGCCACGAGGGCGACCCGGUGUGGCGCAGCGCCAUCCUGGCCAACAUGCCGUCACUGCUGGCCCUGCGCCACGUCAUGGACGACGGCAGCGACGAGUACAAGAUCAUCAUGCUCAACAAGCGGUUCCUCAGCUUCAGGGUCAUCAAGGUGAACAGGGAGUGUGUGCGCGGGCUGUGGGCGGGCCAGCAGCAGGAGCUGGUGUUCCUGCGGAACCGGAAUCCGGAGCGCGGCAGCAUACAGAAUGCCAAGCAGGCCCUGAGGAACAUGAUCAACUCGUCAUGUGACCAGCCCAUCGGCUACCCCAUCUACGUGUCGCCCCUCACCACCUCCUACGCAGGGGGGCACACCCAGCUCCGCUCCGUCUGGGGGGGGCCUGUUAGCCCCCAUAACAUCUACACCUGGCUCAUCAGCAGCUGGGACAGGUUACAGAAGGGUUGUGGGGCUGGCUGCAACAGUGGAGGGAACAUCGAGGACUCGGACUGCGGCGGCGGCUCCACCUCCAUCUCCAACAACCCAGCGGCUCACACCACCCAGAGCACCCCGGCCUCCAGCCUGCCCCUGCCCCAGCCCCACUUCACCUCCAUCCACCCCCCCAUGGGAACUGACAACCCUGUGGGCCCCACCCCCACCUGGCCCCACCACCCUCAGCCCCUCCCCUUGGCCCUGCUCAGCCAGUCAGAGGGCAGGAUGGACGCUGGGCUGGUCACCUCCCUCCACCGGACCUCGUCCAUCCAGGGCCUCCUGGGCCAGCACCUGUCCAGCUCCCAGCUGUCCUUCAGUAGCUCUGUGGCCAUGCCUUCCCUGCCCGGCCCAGAGCGCUUCUGCCCAGGCAGCUUCCAGGAGGGGGUGCACAGAGGGUCCGGACGGACAGGACAUGGCCUGGGGCAGGGCAGCGGGCUGCACUAUGAGGGCCUCUACGGGAAGUGGAGCCUGUCUGGCAGGAAGGGCUUCAACGGGCCAGCCUCCGCUGAGAGCGACAGCGGGGGGUCUCCAUGCAUACGGACACAGUCUACUCCACCUGCAUCCCGGCUUGAGGCCAGCCCAACCCAGGACCCACUGGGAGUUACCCAGUCCGCGGAGACCACGACCCUCACUGCAGGGGAGCCCCCCAGCCCCGCCCCUCGGGAGGAGUCCACAGAGCUGCCUUUACUUGAGCACCUGGAUUGAGUCUGCACUGGAGAACACAUGAGAACCCCUGCAGACAACGCACACCACCACCACGGCCAGUUCUAGAGUGGGCCUGACCGGCUCAGACUGGACUCAUUCCAGCUUCCCGGAGUCAUUCCAAAGAGAACUGGACUCUGAGGUUCGCUACAUCUCUGGCAGAUCACAACCUCUCAACAUGGUUCAUUUGUAAAUGUUUUCCAGCCUUUGCAAUACUGGAUGGAUCUGGGAGGUUUUAAGUACAUUCAUCUGCUCCUCAUCGAGCCACCGUAAGGAUGCAUGUAAAAACAAAAUGUAUGCACCAACCCCCCCCCCCCCUUCCCAAAAAAAACCAUUCACCAUGUCCCCUCCUAGGACUUGAAACAGGAGCUCUCGCCCGAUACACCCUCAGAGUUUCUGUGGACAACCUUUUGGCCACAACUAUGGUAACUCUAGCAGGCCAAAAAGCCAGUGCAAUUGUAAGGGAUGUUGUGUAAUGUUUAGUUAGUUUUUUGAAAUUCUAUAUAGGGGAAGGGGAAAAACCCCUCGUUUCUCCUCUCCUUCACCUGAGAUCCACCAGCAGCAGCAGCAACAGCAUAAUGAAUCCAAAAAGGGAAUGCCAAUAUCCUAUGUUGCUGUAUGUACAGGUGAAGCCAGAGUUACUACCAUAACAAGCCUUGUUCUUUAAUCCCCAUUCCUGCUCCAACCUGCUGCUUCACUGUAGAAAUAAUUCACUGUGGGGAAAUCCACUGUGAAACUGCAUGGGUCACAUCAUAUGACCAGUCAAUAUCAACACCCCACCUCCCCCAGCAUACCACCCACAUUCCAACAGCGCCUCCCUGUAGAAACACCCUCAUGUCGUUCAGGUGUUUCUGACGCAUCAACAAUCUCAAGCGUUCUGUCAAGGAGCUUGUUUCAGGGAUAAGACUCCCGCCUACUCCCACCUUUUCCAACAUGCGGUGCUUUUUCCCGGCAGAGUUUACAAUCCAGUCAGGCCUGGACACAAGCUCUGAAUUUGGGGAGGUCUAGGGAGAUAUGACUCUGGACAAAGAUGGUGCCCAUUGUACAGGACGGGAGGAGAUUGUUCAGACCACACGAUUCUAAACUGGGAUUGUUCUUUCUAAAGCCUUUUUAGAUUUUUGUUUCCUAUUUUCGGGGUGAGUGGAAUGUCUUUAUCUUUCUUUUUACUUUACUUGAAGAAUCACAACCUCCUCGGUGGCUAUAGGCUAGCCCGCGGAGUUGCCCUAGUGACCGACCACACUCGGCCCUGACCUGAUCCAAUCAGCUGUGGACUAGACGGUGGGAGGGGCUCUGACAGAGGCCCUUCUGCUUUCCUUGCCUCCAGCUACAGUGCCAGCUCCUCUUACUAGUAAACUGCUUCUGCACCUCCUGCUACUACUACUAUACCUACAACUACUGUUUGUUACACUUACCUCCAGCGUUUUAGUUGGAAACAAACCAAGUUGAAUAAAUAUUCCAAACAAAGAUGGCAUAUUUAUUAUUGACCACACCUGGAGACUGUUAAAAGGGUUUGUCUAUUUGACAUGCUGGCGUGAUAGAAAUACGGCGAUCGAAAUAGCCUCUUGUUUAAUCGUCACCUCUGCCCCACGUGUUUUGGCGUCGCCGCUGUACACUUUCACCAAGGGUUCCCCUUUCUUUAUUGGCCGU